UCUUCAAAGGAAUGUGUAAAUUAGUGUCAAAAUAGUCAAUAAUGGUCACAUCAAAAAAGUAGUCAAAGGUUUAAAAUAUUUAUUAAAAUCUCCCAUCAGCAAAGAAGCAAAUGAGAGCGUGACAUUCCAAGCAAUUUCCAGGCUCAUUCAGCCGUCACUCAGCCCUCGGGUGUGUUGUCUUUGAACAGCGUUGUGGGGGUUUCCUGUGCGUAUGCUACUUCCAUAAGCAGGCUAAGUUACUCGCGGUCAGUGUCAAACUGACAGAUUCUACUAUUAGAUGAUAAACGUGAAAGUGCAUCAUUAACAUCAUUAUAAUUACACGAAGGUCGUCUCCCAGUGUUUCACCACCAAGAUUCCAACAAGACUCGUUGUGAGCAGUUUGCAGCGAGAUCGCCCAGUCGUAUCGAGUCUACACCGGAUCUCACAGUGUCUGUAGAGACCUGGGAACAUCCGUGGGAUCUGCCAUGCCUGUGACCUCCCAGUUAUUUAAAGCCAUUGGCAGCCGGGAGACUGGAAAGAUAUGUAGUGCUGCUGUCCUGCGCCAGAAUCAACGCCAGGUUUGUCAGCUGCUUCACCCCCUGAACUCUCCACAUCCAGCUCAGCCCUUUGCCAGCGCCCGGCCACACGUGAGACGAUGCCAGUCCCGUGGUUACCAAAUGUCCGCGGAGCGAUGGUACAACCUGACACCACCACAGGUGAACAGCAUCCUUAAAGCCAAUGAGUACAGCUUUAAGGUGCCCGAGUUCGACGGGAAGAACGUCAGCUCGGUGUUGGGCUUUGACAGCAAUCAGCUGCCGGCCAACGCCCCCAUCGAAGACCGGCGCAGUGCCGCCACCUGCCUGCGGACACGGGGGAUGCUCAUGGGCGUGUUUGACGGGCACGCAGGCUGCGCUUGCGCCCAGGCUCUCAGCGAGCGGCUUUUCUACUACAUCGCCAUCUCCUUGUUGCCACACGACACGUUGGUGGAGAUCGAGAACGCCAUGGACUCUGGCCGCGCCAUGCAUCCCAUCCUGCAAUGGCACAAGCACCCCAACGACUACUUCAGCAAGGAGGCCUCGAGGCUCUACUUUAACAGCUUAAGGACAUACUGGCAGGAACUUAUUGACCUCAACAGUCCUGGGGAGACUCCCGAUAUCAAGGAGGCUCUCAUCAAUGCCUUCAAGCGGCUGGACAAUGACAUUUCCUUGGAGGCCCAAGUGGGAGACCCCAAUGCGUUUCUCAACUACUGGGUUCUGCGUGUGGCCUUCUCAGGGGCCACGGCCUGCGUGGCUCAUGUGGAUGGCAAUGACCUGCACAUCGCUAACACAGGGGAUGGGAGGGCGGUUCUGGGAGUUCAGGAGGAGGAUGGAUCCUUCACAGCACUGACCCUGUCCAAUGACCACAACGCCCAGAAUGAGAAUGAGGUGAGACGUGUCCGGGCUGAGCACCCUCCAAGUGAGGCCAAGACAGUAGUGAAGCAGGACCGGCUUCUGGGCUUGCUCAUGCCUUUCAGGGCAUUCGGUGAUGUGAAGUUCAAAUGGAGUAUCGACCUGCAGAAGCGCGUGCUGGAGUCUGGGCCUGACCAGUUGCAUGAGAACGAGCAUACGAAGUUCAUCCCACCCAACUACCACACCCCACCUUACCUGACUGCGGAGCCCGAGGUAUUACACCACCGGCUCCGCCCCCAGGACCGCUUCCUGGUCCUGGGUACUGACGGCCUUUGGGAGACCCUUCACCGACAGGAGGUGGUGCGUAUCGUGGGCGAGUACCUCACUGGCGUCCAUCAUCAGCAGCCCAUCUCAGUGGGUGGCUACCAGGUAACCCUGGGUCAGAUGCAGGGCCUGUUGGCAGAGCGUCGUGCCCGUGUGUCCUCCACCUUUGAGGACCAGAACGCUGCCACCCACCUGAUCAGGCAUGCCGUGGGCAAUAAUGAGUUUGGUACCGUGGACCAUGAACGGCUAUCCAAAAUGCUGAGCUUGCCCGAGGAGCUGGCCCGCAUGUACAGGGAUGACAUCACCAUCAUCAUCAUACAAUUCAACCCCCAUGUGAUUGGAGCACAAUAAGCGGAGGACCAAGAGCCCUCUUACUCAACGAAAUGUUUGUCUAUUUUUUUUUUUAAUUUUAUUAACCAAAGAUGGACAUGAACACCUUGGAAGUUGGUUCCGCAGCACCUCACGUUUUUAUUUUAAUAAUACAAAGGCUUCAGCCUCUGACGGUGAUGCAAGCUGAAAAUUAACAGGAAGUGUUGUGCCUCAAAGUGCACAGUUGAUGUGUUGUACUGCAGACUGUUACAUAACCGAUCCUCUGAAUGUUCGCAUUGCUGAAAUGUCCCUCCGUCUCGAAGUGCAAGACUGACUUAUGCAUUUUAUGUAUAUUUACUGAGCUCCUCAGCACCGUCAUCAAGCCUCUCCUAGUACCAUAUUGCACAAACUCAAUAAAAGCAGAGGCUUGUUUUCAAUAUAUCACACACCUAUCUUUAUUGUCCAUAAAUUAUUUAUUGAAUUGUUUCAGUUUUUUUCCAUCUGCAGCUGAAGUUGCUUUUUGUGGAAUUAUUCUCAUGAGUCGCGUUCUUUAAUUUAAUUUAAAUUGUAGUUUUUUAACAGUAAAAUGCUCCCAUUUUGAUUUGCCUGUGCUAACGAGGUGCCAUGAAAUUUGUUAAAGGCUUUUUCAGCUGUUCUUUAAAUGGAGCUGGUGCAGUCUUAGAUUUAUUGAGCUGUGCCUUUGUACCGGAAGAAACACUCUUCAAACGUUGAUACAAAUUUCUCCAUUUUCCCUUUCUGUGGAUGACUUGGCUUUAUGGGAGUACCUGACCGGUCGGUUUGCUGGGAGAGAUGUCCUUUUGGGGAUUUAUGGUUUUGGAAUGCAAUGAAACCAGUGAGGCUUUUUCACCUGUUAGUCUUUAUUGACAACUUUUCUGUGUUAUCAAAUAAGCGCAAGUCUGCAUGUGGUGGGCAAACGCUCCGGAGACUUGCAUAUCUUCAAUACAUCGACCUUUGAGACUGCAGUGUUUCUGACUGCAUGCUACAGCGGCAGCCACUGCCUGAAGCAGCAGCCCUGACGUUUUAGAUACAUCUGACCUAUUACAUUCAUCAAUUUUUUUGCCCUGUUCUUCUCUCUCUCUCUCUCUCUCUCUAUAUAU